AUGCGUGAAGGAAUUGCCCAUGCCGGUAUUUGCGGUGUUGCUCCAGUUUAUGUAAUAAAAUAUUUAAUUAAAUGUUAUCAAUUAAUUUCUAAAAUAAUUAAGGGUCUAUACACUGUUAUUUUCCCAACAUUUUUCUAUAUGCUUUUUGGCCAUUCCCGACAUAAUUCUCUCGGCGCUUUUGCAAUUCUUUCUUUAAUAACUAGAGCAGCUAUUGAAAAAGUUGAUCAAAUACUCAUUAAUGAUAGGUUAGAAAAUUAG